AAUUGUUUAUUCCACGUUCCAUUUUCUCUUCUUAUUCAUUUAUUUAUUUUUUUCACGGAAAAUUCCUAAUUUUCCGACUUCCCCAAAAAUUUUCCCCCAAAACCUAAUUAUUCCGAUUUUCAAUUCUCCCGAUCAUGGACAUUACGAUUAUCGCCGAUACCGCAUCAAUCGCCACGUCUCAGGGCCUAGGGUUUGCAAUUCGCCCCAAUUUCUCGACCUCCAAUCAUCAAUUUUCCCUCUCGGAUUUGUCCUCCGAUCAGUCCUCACCAUCCACCGGAGUUCUCCAAAUCUCCGCCGUUAUUUUCCCCGUUGACGCCCUUGCUCCGCCGCCAGUGAAAUCCAAUUCGUUCAGAACCACCUCCCGUACGCUUCUCCGUAAGAAGAGGCGUAUCAGGAGGAAAUCCUUUAGUGCCGGAGACUCCGACGAAGGCACCGAAGGAGACGAUGGGUUAUUCAGCGGCGAUGGUCCUUUUUUCGGCGGAGGUGGCGGAAGCUUUGGGGGUAGCGGUGGUGGGGGUUGGAAUUUCGAUAAAUUUGGGGGGCAUAAUUGGGAUGAAUCGUGGUCUUCUUCGCCGUCUGAUCCAGCUUUCGAUUUCGUUUACGAGGUAAUCUCUUGGAUAGUGCUUUCGAAUUGCGUUCAUUUUGCGUUGCAGAAAGUUUUUAGAAUCGUGGCAGAUGGAAUUGGCGAUGCCGACAGGGAAAAGGUGCCAAUGAGAUUGACUUCAGUUUGUUGAUUCUAAAUUUCAAAUCGUUUCAUUCUCAAAUUCAAUGCUUAAUUAAUCUUUAGAGGAAGAGGAAAAUUGGGAAUUGAUUCAUUUGCCCAAUGUGGGUACUAUGAUAUAAUGAUGAUCUCGUUAUCGAAAUUUGUACAGAAUAUAUGUAAAUAUUAAUAUUUCUGUUGUUUUAUUUUCAAUUUACAUUGUAUAUUUGUUUAUAUAUUGUAAUUUUAGUACCUCUAAUUGGUUUAUGUCAAUUCAGUUACUACACUUGCUAAUGAAUUAUCUUUGUUACACUA